CAGACUUCGUGGUUGCUUCCCACCAUGGAGGGCGUGCGCUGGGCUUUUCCGUGCGCCGCCUGGCGCCCCAGCCGGGCCGAGUGGCUCCUGGCGGCGCGUGCCGUGCAGCCCGAGGAGAAGGAUCGCAUUGGCCAGUUCGUUUUUGCCCGGGACGCCAAGGCAGCCAUGGUAGGUCGACUUAUGAUGAGGAAAUUAAUUGCAGAAAAAUUGAACAUCCCUUGGAAUAAUAUACUCUUGCAGAGAACUUCGAAAGGGAAACCAGUCCUUGUGAAUGACUCAUUCAGUACACAUCCAAAUUUCAACUUUAAUAUCUCACAUCAAGGAGACUAUGCAGUUCUUGCUGCUGAGCCUAAACUACAGGUUGGAAUUGAUAUCAUGAAGACAACUUUGCCAGGCCGAAGCUCAAUUCCAGAAUUCUUUCGCAUUAUGAGUAGACAGUUUACAGAGAGAGAAUGGAAGACAAUCAAAGUCUUUGAAGAUGGAUGGAACCAGUUGGAUACAUUUUAUAGGCACUGGGCACUAAAAGAAAGCUUCUUAAAAGCCAUUGGGGUUGGAAUAGGAUUUAAACUACAGCGAAUCGAGUUUAAUAUAUCCCCACUGCAUCUGGAAGUAGGCAAAGUAUAUAGAGAAACAAAUAUGCUACUUGAUGGAGAAGAGGAAGAAGAAUGGGCAUUUGAGGAAAGCAGAUUGGAUGAGUACCAUCAUAUUGCAGUUGCUCUUAAGAAACCAGAUGGAUUAAGACUACACAAUCCUCAAGUUCUUUCUCAAGACCAUCCUGAGCCAACUAUGUCACAGUUCACUUUUUUGACAUUUGAAGAUUUGGUAGCAUCUGCUGUUCCUUUGACCCCGGAAGAUCCUUCUUACUGGGACAACUUUUGCUCCAGACAAGAGGAGCCACUUCGAAAUAGUACAAGUUUGUGAUAAUGCUCAAGAAAAAAAAGUGAAAAAUGAAGAUUUUAAAUAAUCCCAGGGUUACCAGAAAAUAGGUAAUUAAAGGACUCAAAUGGUAUUUCAACAAAGUUGGACCAAAUUCUGGGAGGUAAAAAGGAGCCAUGAAUGUAACAUGUGACCCAGAAACAGACUUCUGGUAUUACUAAUACCAAGAUGGGACAGUAGUAUAAGUUCAUCGUUUGUAUUGCUGCAACUAAAUAACUUUGUGUAAAUUGUUUAAAAUAAGGUACUUUGGUCAAUAAGCAAGCAAGUAUUCAUUAAACACCUAUUAUGUGCCAGACAAAUAGAGUGCUCUCUGCUAAGGAUGCAAAGAAGAAAAUGCACCAGUUCUGUUUUAUACUGGAACAAAUAAAAAAUUUUAGUAUUU